AAACGUUGAAGAAGUUUACGCUAUCUUUCUUCUAUUUGUGUUCUCUGCAGUAUCGAUACUUAAAACGGAAAUUAAAGUGCUGCAAGAAGCGCGAGAUUGAAAAAGAGCGAGAGAAAAGUAGGAGUUCAAGAAAAAAACUUUUGGUUUCAAUUUAUGCAGAUGGUAAUGUGGGAGUGAGUGAGAUGAGGAAAUCAGGGCUGUGGAUGGUGGUGGUGGCAGUGGUGAUGCUGGGUGUGGCUGAAGCUUGUCCCAGUUCGUGCGUUUGCAAGUGGAAGAACGGAAAGCAGACUGUGGAGUGUAAUGAUAAAGGAUUGCUGUCGAUACCAGGAGGUAUGGACGCUGGUACUCAAGUCCUAGAUUUGUCCGGAAACAGCGUGGAUGAGCUUCACGCUGAAAUCUUCCUCAAGAUGGAUUUGAUUAAUCUGCAAAGGAUAUACAUGGCGCGAUGUCGCAUCCACAGUAUAGAUGAGCGAACGUUCAAAGGAUUGACAAAUUUGGUAGAAUUGGAUUUGACUGGAAACCUUCUGGAGGCCGUGCCCACCGAUGCGUUCGUCGAUUGUCCUUCGCUGAUGAGGUUGACUCUCAACGCCAAUCCGAUUAGAACGGUGAGAAGAGCUACGUUUGCUCCACUUUCCUUCCUCAGCACGUUGGAGAUGAGCGAGUGCGAGAUUGAGAGUCUGGAGGUCGGGGCGUUCCAGGGACUGCACAGUUUGGAAUGGCUAAGAUUGGAUGGGAAUCAGCUGAGAAUGGUAAAGGGGGGGCGCGUUUUGCCGGAGAAUUUGAGGGGAGUCGAGUUGCAGGGAAAUCCGUGGGAGUGCGAUUGUCACCUUCUGGAGAUGAGGUCGUGGUUGGAAACGUUUAGUAUAGCCAGUUCGGCUGAGCCCAUUUGCGCGGGGCCGAAGAAGCAUUCGCGACGCCCGGUGAAAUCGAUACCUUCCAGCGAACUUGCUUGCCUCCCGGACGUGUCUCCAACGACGCUUUACUUAGAAAUCGGCGAAGGCAAGAAUAUAUCGUUGAUUUGCAGCGUUCACGCAAUUCCCGAAGCUCGAAUCUCCUGGUGGUUCCAAGGGCAACUCUUACAGAACGACUCUCUGGUGUCUCCAGGUUUGCGUUUACUUUACUACAUCGAAGAAGGUGAGGAAGAUAAACGGAGCGAACUCUUUAUUUAUAACACGAGUCCAGAAGAUAAUGGAACGUUCGUUUGCACAGCUGAGAAUCCUGCUGGAGCGGUUGCUUCUAAUUACACCAUUCGGAUUAUCGUUAAGGAAGAGCCUAUUAUUGUAGUUGUGGCCGUUCCUUUCGAAUACCUUUUAGCUGCGACCGUCGGAGUCGUAUCUUUGCUGGUAAUCUUAGCUAUAGCUUUGAUAGCUUGUAUAGUUAAGUAUCGCAGAAAUCGUAGGCGUCUUCAAAAGCGCGAGAAGACGAAGGAGGUGGCGCUGCAAUACCAAGAGAAUAAUAGCAAAGUUGAAGAGGAUUUAGAGCAGAUCACGGAUGAGUUGAAGCAGAACAUUCUGAGCGAACCUCAGGUGAUGUUCUAUAGUCCCCCGUUGAGCAAGGAAGUCUUAAACACCAUGUCUCCAUUGACGACUCACCAAAUUCGAAGUCCCUUAUCCCUGAGGCAUUACCACUUGGAGCAGAAUCCUGAUUUAAUCAACGACACAGAGAGCGUGGGAAGAAGACGUGAAGGAGAUGGCGAAGAUGACCAUGACAGCGCUUCUACCAUCCCAGCGGAAGCUAUGCAUCCCAACCUAGUGCAAUUCCCGAUCAGCUGCUUGAGAGGCAGCAGGAAGUUAUACAGUUUGCACAGCUGGGAUGGGGAGCAGUAUCCCGCCGAUUACGGUCUCCCGAAAAUGGUGAACGCGGCGCCGCAGAGCGCGGAGAACUUCUACAGAACGUUGCCUUAUAAUCGAGCCGCGAAGAGGCAUCAGCAGUCAGCGGCUAAUCCCCUCAAUAGGUUCUCAAGGGAAGCGGAGUUCCUGUCGCGCAGCUCGCAGUACGAGCAGUAUUGUCCUGCGGAUGUUAGGUACACGGCCGACGGGUAUCCCGCGAGGCCCGAGCUAAUGCCUUCACCUCCGGAGGGAUACAAGAGUGAGACGUGCGCUUCCCUACCUUGCACAUCCUCAUCCGCAGCUUGCUCAUCCUCCUCCUCCGCAACAGCAGUAGGAAUGACACCCGCGGGCCUUCCUUGGCCCGUCUGCGUGCCCGCCAACAUGCACAUGAUUAAUCACGCCGAAUGCAAUCAAUCCAAGUACGCAAACAUCAACAAGAGGUGCGUCGGAGCACAAACGGAUACUUCAACUCCCCAAGAAGAACCAGCGCAGAACGAUACAACCACGGAGAGCCCAGACGAAGGAUACGAAGGUGAACCUGGUGUCGUGUUAUAAAAAGAAAAGACCAGAAGUGAAAGAACAGUUGAAAUGAUAAAAUGAACUAACUUAUACAGGGUAUACAUAAUGAUAUGCAGUGGUAAGCCGCAACAUUUAUUUGCACUCAAAAUUACAAAUUUAAAUUAUCUUAAUACUUUGCACUUCUAUUUAGGAAGUGCCUUGCAAAAUUUAGUUGCAACCUAACGACAAUAUAUCUAUACAAAAUCAAUCCAAAUAUACAAAGAAAGAUUGUAGUUUAAAAAAGAAAGUACACGAAAGACGAUAUUUAAACAU